UUUGUAUUUGGGUUGUUAGUUACACACGCGUGUCGUCAGAUUUGAUGCAGAAAUAUGCUUUGCUGAUGCUUGUAUUAGACCUCCAUCAGACAAGUCCUUCAACAUCAAUUGAAAGACAUGGACGACCCUUCAGCUCAGUUUCAACACGAGGAUUUGAUUGAUAUUUUAUGGAGGCAGGAUGUCGAUUUGGGGGUGAAGCGAGAGAUCUUUGAUGGAUGUCUUCGGCAGAGAGAGGAGGAGAUCACGAGAGCAAGAGAAAGAGAGUUAAAAAGAGAGCGAGAGCUUAAAAGGAUAAUGCAAAGGAUACAGAAACUAGACAAGGAAACUGGAGAGUUUUUGCCUAGUCCUUCAUCUGUGAACUCCCAGGCUGUGCCCUUCUCAGAGACAUUGCAUUCUACCGAGUUUACUCAGCGUUCACCUGUUACCCAGAAUCCUCUGCUGUCUGCACUGCUAUUCUCUCAGAAGUCUCAGAAGCCUCCUUCUCAAGAGCAGGCUUUUAGUGAACUGCUGUCACUGCCGGACUUACAGUAUUAUUUGGAUGUCCUGGAGUCUGAGGGCUCAAGCUUGCCCCUAGAGGAGAUCACCGAAAUCUGCCACCAGAACCUGCCCGAGCCACAGAGGGAAAACUCAACAGAUGCGCUAUGUGGCGUCACACAGACAAUAUCAGACUCUUUUGAGGUUGCUCAGCCUUUGUCAUGCAUGCCCUCUGAUCCCAUAGAGAUCCUGGAAACAUGCAUACAGACAUUCUCAGAUCCAGGAAAUCCUACACCUUCACCUUCAAACACAAUUUACAGCUGCAGUACCCCUGAGAAUCAAGUGAUUUUACCUAAAUGCCACAUAAACUCAAGCGAUUCAACCCUCAGUGAGUUUUGCCCAUAUACCAUCAAUACCAGUAAACCUGAACAAUUAAAUAGUGCACCUGGAAGGGACGCUCCACAAACGCUUUUACAAUUUGAGGAGCGCCAUGUUCUGCUGGGGUUUGAUGACUCUGCUUCUGUUGGCUCUGUGGAUUUAGAGACAUCCCUCUACGCUGCUGACACCUUAAGUAAUGGGCAAUCAGACAAGGAUGAGCUGGAGAGCAUCCAAUCAGAUUACACCGAUCUGCUGCCUUUAUCUCUACACUCUGAUGCUGUGGAUGCAACGCUGUAUGAAACGUCUGCACAACACCAAACUCAAAAUGAAUCAACACCUAAAUAUUCACCUCAAGCAAAUCCCUUAACCACAAGCAGAGCUGCAGGUGUCCGGCGCGUAUGUCGUGAUGAACAGCGGGCCCAAGCCAUGAGUUUGCCGCUUAGUGUGCAUGACAUCAUCAACCUGCCUGUGGAAGCAUUUAACGAAGCCAUCGGCUCUUGCAAACUCAACAACGCUCAACAUAGCCUCAUCAGAGACAUUCGAAGACGUGGUAAAAACAAGAUGGCAGCCCAGAGCUGUCGCAAACGAAAGCUGGAUGGUCUCUUUGAUCUCGAAGACGAGAUUGAGGGGCUGAAGAGGGAGAAGGAGCAAAUCAAGGAAGAAAAUAAGAGGAACGCUAGAGAACUUCAAGAGACCAAAGAGAAGCUCAGGAAGCUUUACAAUGAGGUGUUCAGACAGCUGAGAGAUGAACAUGGAAACUCCUACAACCCUAGAGAGUACAAACUACAGCACAGCACUGACGGCACGGUUUACCUGCUGCCACGUGGCACAGCCAACAAGACAAAUACGCCAACAGAGGAUUUACCUUUUGCUUUAUAAUAAACCUGAAGUACAGCAAAGCUCUUUUGGUGUUUGUAACUUUACACACCAGGGACUUUAGUUUUGGGACGUUGUGGUCUUGAGGAAUCACAAUGUUUGUGUCUGGCAUCCACAUUCAUCUCCUAUUGAUUCUGUCAAGGGAGGUUGGUUGAGUGACAAUUUAUGCAGUUACAUUAGCAUCAUCCCCCAGCCGUUGUUUUCAGUCAUGCAUUACAGCUACUGUCUACUUGAAUAGGGAAAGAAUGAAAUCUACAAAAUUGUUGUCAAUGUUACAUUUAAAUGACAAUAAAAUUGAACAACUAUGGUAUUAUAAAUUUUAGCUUGAAUCAUGAGGCUG